AUGUCGUUUUCGUGGCUGACGUGUUCACUUCUUCUGGGAACUUUAUGUGCAGGAUACAGUCUGGGCGAAGCGGAGACCCGGGAGUGUGUGUACUACAACGAUAACUGGCGCACGGAGCGGACGAACCAGAGCGGCUUUGAGCGGUGCGAGGGGGAGAAGGACAAGCGGCUGCACUGCUACGCCUCGUGGCUCAACUCCUCAGGGACUAUAAAGCUGGUGAAGAAGGGCUGCUGGCUCGAUGACUUCAACUGCUAUGACAGGCAAGAGUGUGUUUCCAUGGAGGAGAAUCCUCAGGUCUUCUUCUGCUGCUGCGAAGGCAACUACUGCAAUGAGAGAUUCACCCACUUACCUGACAUAAUUAGUGGCGGCAACCGAGUGAAAAUCAGGCCUCCGCCUCGAGUACCAUCCCUCCUGAAUGUGCUGGUGUACUCCUUGCUGCCUCUUUGCGUGCUGUCCCUGGCUCUGCUGCUGGCCCUGUGGAUGUACCGCCACCGCAAGCCCCCCUACGGCCACGUGGACCUCAGCGAGGACCCCGGUCCCUCUCCCCCCUCCCCUCUGGUGGGUCUGAAACCCCUGCAGCUGCUGGAGAUCAAGGCUAGGGGGCGCUUUGGGUGUGUUUGGAAGGCCCAGCUGAUGAGCGAAUAUGUGGCUGUGAAGAUCUUCCCCGUGCAGGACAAGCAGUCCUGGCAGAACGAGCGGGAUAUAUUCCUGACCCCCGGGAUGCGUCAUGAGAACAUCCUGCGUUACAUUGCCGCAGAGAAGCAUGGGACCAACCUGGAGACGGAGCUUUGGCUCAUCAUGGAGUUUCAUGAGAGGGGCUCGUUGACAGACCACCUGAAGGGUAACACGGUGACCUGGAGCGAGCUGUGUCACAUAGCGGAGACCAUGUCCCGCGGCUUGGCCUUUCUCCACGAGGAUAUCCCCAGCUACAAGGGAGAAGGUCCCAAACCCACCAUUGCACACAGGGACUUCAAGAGUAAGAAUGUAAUGCUAAAAGAGGAUCUGACUGCAGUCAUCGGAGAUUUUGGGUUGGCGGUGCGCUUCGAGCCAGGAAAGCCUCCGGGGGACACUCAUGGCCAGGUGGGCACGAGGCGCUACAUGGCCCCAGAAGUGCUGGAGGGGGCAAUCAACUUCCAACGAGACUCCUUCCUGAGGAUAGACAUGUAUGCCAUGGGGCUGGUGCUGUGGGAGCUGGCGUCGCGCUUCUCGGAGUCUGACGGCUCGUUGGGCGAGUACAUGCUGCCGUUCGAGGAGGAAAUAGGCCAACAUCCCUCCCUGGAGGAUCUGCAGGAUGUGGUCGUGCAUAAGAAGAUGCGUCCAGUCAUCAAGGACUCCUGGCUCAAGCAUCCUGGUCUGGGCCAGAUGUGCGAGACCAUCGAGGAAUGCUGGGACCACGACGCGGAGGCCCGCCUGUCGGCCGGCUGCGUGGAGGAGCGCAUCAGCCAGAUCGCCAGGGCGACCAACAGCACUACCUCAGACAGCCCCGUCUCCAUAGUGACAUCGCUCACCAACGAGGACCUACCUCCCAAAGAGUCCAGUACCUGA